AUGUCUCUCCUCCAAGCAAUCCAAUCCCGUCGCUCUACCUACCGCCUCACCAACAAAAGCCCCAUCCCAGACACGCGCAUCCAAGAAAUCGUCAAUUUCACUGUUCGACAUGCGCCCAGCGCAUUCAACGUGCAGUCUGCGCGCGCGGUUGUGUUGUUUCGCGAGCAGCAUGAGAAACUGUGGGAUGUUGGGUUGCAGGUGAUUCAGACAGAGAUGCCGCCGGCUGUGAGACCCGUGUUGGAGACGAAAGUUGCUGGUUUGAGAGCCGCGUAUGGGACGGUGCUGUGGUUCGAAGACGGCGCUGCGCUCGACGCAUUGAAAGACAAGAACCCGGCUAUCCAGGGCCUCAUUCCUGAAUGGUCCGCACACUCCUCCGGAAUACACCAAUUCAUCACCUGGACAGCCCUCGACAACGAAGGUCUCGGCUGUAACCUGCAACACUACAACUUUAGCACCACUUUUAUCGAAAAUGUGCAUAAACUCUGGAACAUCCCGUCGUCGUGGAAACUGCAGGCCCAGCUGGUAUUUGGACAGCCAGAAGGAUCAGGUCCGGAGAAAGAAAAAGAGAUACAACCAGUGGAAGGGGAGAGGGUGCUUGUUUUUUGA